GCUUUCAUUUGCAUUGACUGCCGUUCUGAUGAAGAUGAGAAUUGCGCAACAUUGAAAACAAAACCAAAUGCAACUGAAAAAGAUUGCGGUGAAAGCUUAUGCGCUACUUGGAUUAAAGACACAACAACAUUUCGAGGAUGUGAUACAGAAGUUCCUGAAGAUUUGAUUCUGGAUGAUAAAAUUUGUGUUGGCCAUAGAUGUAAUAAAGAAAUUUAUCCAGAAGAACGACUUAAAUGUGUGCAAUGUUCAUCCGACGAAGAAAUGUGUUCAAAUCCAAAUGCUGAUAUUUUGUAUCCUUGUAAAAAUUUUGUUGAGGAUGAUUUAUGCUACACUUUCAUUAUCGAUGAAAAUCGAGCAAUUCGAGGAUGUAUGAGCGAUCAAGAUGAAAAUGUCGAAUCAUGCAAUUCUGCUGGCGACGACUGCAUAAAAUGCAAUGAAGAUUUUUGUAAUGGGCAGAGUGGAAAAACCAGUGUAAAAUGCAUAACAUGUUCAAGUGAUGAAGACAUUGCAUGCGGAUAUUCUCAAAUUGAUAUGAGAAAUUCUAAAAAUUGUGAAGCAUUAAUUGAACAGGAAAACCUUUGCUUUGCAUUCAAUAAUGAAACGAAUUUCCUUCGUGGAUGUCUUAAUGAUUAUCCUGAGUUAAAACCAUCAUGUGAAGAAAACUCAGAAGAUUGUCAAAUUUGUGAUGGCGACUUAUGUAAUUUUAUGGUAAUUGCUGAAGAACUUUGUUACAUUUGUGACUCUACUGAAGAUGAGAACUGUGCAGAUGUUUCAUCGUCUCCAGCAGAAACACUUUGUGGUGAAGUACCGUUCGAUAAAUCAGGCUGUUAUCUUUCCAUCUCUAACGGAGAUGGAAAUAUCAAACGUGGUUGCGUUAAUUCAUUAUCUGAUGAUGAAAUCAUUGAAUGUCAAACGGGACAAGAUUGCAAGAUUUGUCAUGGCAAUAUGUGUAAUGUUAAAGCUUCAUUUCAAAAAUGUUUCAAUUGCAAUUCUGAGAUUGAUUUAAACUGUGCAACAUUGCAAGGUGGUCUAGCAGGAAAAGUUUGUGAUGAAUAUUUAGACACAUGUAUGGUUUACGUUAAACCAAACAUGACAACUCAUCGUGGCUGUUCAAAUGAAUUACAUGAUAACGUAACUGAAUGUCUUCCAGAAUCAGUCAAUUGUAAACAAUGUUCUGAUAACAAUUGCAAUGGAGAAAUCUUUCCGGUAAAUCGUUUAACAUGUUUUCAUUGUCAUGGGAAUGACAGUGAUUGUCGUACAAAUCUUGCAAGCAUAAAAGAAUUGAAAUAUCCAUGUGAAGUUUAUAAUUUUCGGGACUCUUGCUACAUGUACGUAACAGAAGAUCAAGUCACACAUCGUGGAUGUUUAAGUGAUUUAAAUGAAUUCCCUGAAAUGUGUUUAGAUGAUCGCGAAAAAUGUGCCAUCUGUCAAACACCAAAUUGUAAUUAUGAAAGUGUAUUAAGAGAACCAACACUUUCCUGUAUCGAAUGCGAUUCAACAUUUGGCGAUGAAUGUUCUUGGGGAUGGUUAGAAAGUUCUGCUGAAAAGUGUCAGAAGGAAAUAUUUUUCUACCAAGAAGAGAGAUGCCAUUCAUUAGUUGUUUCAGAUGAUGCAAUCAUUCGAGGUUGCACACUUGACGGUAAUGUUUGUACUACUUUUGCAUCCAAAUGUGACUACUGCACAACUGAUGGAUGUAAUCGAGAAAAUUUAUUACAACAAUAUUGCUAUGAUUGCAAUUCUGAUGAUGAUCAAAAUUGUGGUCCAAAACCUUAUCAUACAAAGAAUGUAACGUGCUCUGGGAUCGUUCAACAUCAACAUCGCGGUUGCUACACUAAAGUUGAUUCUCAAGAUAAAGUUAUUCGAGGAUGUUAUUCAGAUCUCAGCAUGGACGAACGUAUUCAAUGUACGAAUGAAGGAGAAUUUUGUCAAAGAUGUAUAGAUGAAAUGAAUUGUAACAACAUACCGAAAGAUUCAGUUUCUAUAUUUAAGAAAAUGAUCAAAUAUUUAGUAUUUCUAGCGCUCUGCGUUACGUUAGUUUACUCACAAGCUAUUGGACCAGGAGUGCCUGACAGUCGCUGUCCUCCAGGGACACCAUUUCCACCAAUUCAUCUCCCGGAUGCUAAUAAUUGUGAAAUAUUCCACACAUGCAGUGGAGGUUUAGCUUUUCCUCAAAGAUGCCCUCCUGGUCAACAUUGGAGUGUCCAACAUAAUUGGUGUGAUUGGCCAGAACGUGCCAACUGUGGAAGUGGCGGAGGCGGUGGCCCACCAAAUCGUUGUCCACCUGGAAAUACGGUUCCACCAGUGAUGCUUCCACAUGAAUAUGAUUGUUCACGGUUCUACGUUUGUUCAUGGGGUCAACCUCAACCAAGAGAAUGCCCACCAGGGCUUUACUGGAGUGUUCAAAAUAAUUGGUACGUGCAAAUUGUAAUCUGCGUGGAACUACUACGAGACGAUGGAAUACAACGACGAGACGAUGGAAUACAACGACCACAAGACGAAGAGAUACAACAACCACAAGACGAGGGAACACAUCGACUACAAGAAGACGACGUUCAUCAUCAUCUUCCUCUAAAAAUGUUUAAUAAAAAUUCGGAACAGAACUUACCUAUGAUGCGUAGAAGUUACUUUAUAACUUCACCUUCAAAUCUUGAAAAUCGAUCUCAAAAAAUUGUUACCACAAAAUCUUCAGACGAGUUAAGUAAUUUACUCGGUCUUCAAUAUCGAGAACGGAAGGUUGGGGAUAGUUAUGACUCUACAAAGCAAGAGAAUACUCCAGAAAUAAAUAAAAAAGCAAAAUUAGAUGUAAACAGAUCAAAGCCCUAUGGCAUUGAUAAGAAGCAACCAAAGUUUAGUGGCCACUUUUCGAAAUUAAAGAAAAAGCAUCACGAGGAAUUGAAAAAGUUUUCUGAUGAUCGUUCAAAGAAUUGUGAUUACUUGAAGUUGGAAGCAGAGAUUGCAAAACUUCAUUCGAAAGUUCAAGAACUUCGUAAUUCUGAAAAGAGCCAAGGCACUGAAAGAGAUGCCAAAUCAACUAUAAAUAGCUUGCAAUCUGAAGAAAUAUCAGAAAACGAUGAUACUGCGACUUCUAAAUCAUUCCUAAUAUUUUUUGCUUUUAUAGUAAUCUGUCUUCUCCUCUACAGUCUUAAUUUUCAUUUCCGCCCAAAAAAAACAAACAAAUACCCACUCAAUAUGUCUGCAUGGAGAGCUGCUGGUUUAAACUACAUCAAUUAUUCAAAUAUUGCUGCCCGUUUACUACGACGUGCAUUAAAACCUGAAGCUAGAGUAGCAGCUGUGAAGCGAGAUGAGAGCCACAUUAAAUUCACACCAUGGACGAAUGGAAAGCCAGUUCGAUCGAGAUUUUCGUUAUUUAAAUUGACAACUUGUAAAGGUUUUGAAAUCUCAAGCUUUGAUAAUGCGUUACCCCUCUCAAAAAACAUUAUUCGCUACCGAAAACUAAAUUUAACAAAUAUGCAUGGUAGAUUAAAAGUUCGUACAACAGCUGAAGAAGCAAUUCGCAGGAAAAAAGAACAGGAGUUAAAAGCUAAAGCAUAUCGUAAUGGAAAAGAUAAAAUUUUUGCUAUGAGAAAAAGUGGAUCUUUAGAUCAAAACUUGUUAGAUUUAACAUCAAAAAUUUUAAGUGUUAAUCCUGAUGACAGCACGUUAUGGAAUAUUCGUCGUGAAUGUAUUCUAAAGAUGACAUCUGGAGAUGAUCCUAAUUCAACACUCUUCGAACGUGACUUGGGAUUCACUGAAUUAUGUCUGCAAGUUCAGCCAAAGUCAUAUGGUGCCUGGCAUCAUCGUAUUUGGACCCUUGAGAACUCACCUGAACCCGAUUGGAAUCGUGAAGUGACUCUCUGUAAUCUUUAUCUUAAAAAAGAUGAAAGAAACUUUCAUUGUUGGGAUUAUCGUCGUUACGUAGUAGGAAAAGCGAAAGUUUCAUCUGAAAAAGAACUUCAGUUUUGCGAUGAAAAAAUUCAGAAAAACUUCUCCAAUUAUUCAUCUUGGCAUUAUCGUUCUCAACUCCUUCCUAUUCUCUAUCCCCACAAAACUGACCAAACAAGACCGAUUUCGGAAGAAAAGUUAAAAGAAGAGUUAGAACUUGUAAUAACCGCAGCAUUCACUGAUCCAAACGAUUCUUCUGCUUGGUUCUAUCAACGAUGGUUAUUGGGAUAUUCAGAACCUGAACUAGAUUUUGCAGCAGUUAAAUUUACAAAGACUAUUGCAAUUAUUGCUUUCACAAAACCUGUUAAUCUAUACGAUGACGGAAUUGAAAUUGUUAUCAAUGGAAUUCCUGAAGUAAACGACAGCAAAUUCCUCACGUUUUCUGGAUCAAAGAGUAGCACUGUUUGGAUUCAAAGAGGAACUUUUCGACUACCAGAUGAAGUCAAUGUUAACAUAAAAUUUGACAAUAAAAUCUGCGAAAUAAAAACCAGGAGACUUGAGGGUAAUUCAUUGAUUGGAAUAAAAUGUCCUUCAUUUGGAUACGAGUUUGGUGCUGUUGUGAUUGAUGAGUUAAAAAAUCAAUUGGAAUCGUGUACACAACUUCUAGAGUAUGAACCUGACAGUAAGUGGACACUUUUAACUGCUGCACUUCUAAUGCGAUCUAUUGAUCGAUUUCAAUAUCACGACAAAACUCGGGAAUUUCUAAAGAAAUUAGAAAUAGUUGACAGUUUAAGAGCCGGUUAUUACAAAGACCUUGGCAGCAAAUGGUCAAUAGAAAACAAACUCAAAAACUGGAUUGAUAACAAUGAAUAUUUGACUGGAAUCAUUGAUUUAACAGAUUUAGACUUAACAACGUUACAUUACAAUCAAUAUUUUGUGAUUGCAAAUGAUAUAAAACUUGGUGGAAAUCUUGAACAUAAAAAAUUCUAG